UUCGCUGAUUUUGCUGUUGGCGAAGCGCAGUUGAGUUGUCCGGUUUGAUUUUAAUUUAUUUGUUUUGGUAGAUUGUUUCAUUCAUCAUAAUGGAAGUGGAUGGAAACACCGUUCUCGCUCGGUCGCUCAAAGAACAGGGCAUUGAAUAUGUAUUUGGCAUCGUUGGCAUACCGGUUGUGGAACUCUCGAUGGCGAUGCAAGCAGAAGGCCUGAAGUACAUCGGGAUGAGGAAUGAACAAUCGGCUUGUUACGCCGCGCAGGCGAUCGGUUACCUCACGGGCAAACCUGGUGUCUGUUUGGUAGUUUCGGGUCCUGGACUGCUGCACGUAACCGGUGGCAUGGCAAAUGCCCAGGUUAACUGUUGGCCACUGCUCGUGAUCGGUGGUUCUACCUUCCAGGAUCACGAAGGUAUCGGAGGAUUCCAGGAGUGUCCUCAGGUGGAGCUAAGUAGACCAUAUUGUAAGUACGCAGCCCGACCGCCGGGUGUUGCGCUGAUACCUCAGCAUGUAGAAAAAGCGGUUCGUUUGGCAUGUUAUGGCCGUCCCGGAGCAGCUUACCUCGACUUUCCCGGGAACUUAUUGCUGGCGCGCGUUUCGGAAGAUUCUAUUGCAACACAGUACGCACAUCCUGAACCUCCUGUCGCUUUUCCUGAUUCAAAGAAGGUGAAGCUAGCUGCACAGUUACUAGCUUCAGCCAAGAGACCGCUAAUCAUCAUUGGAAAGGGUGCAGCUUACGCGCGGGCUGAACUUCACUUAAGACAAUUAGUACAUCAAACAAAUUUACCAUUUUUGCCAACACCGAUGGGUAAGGGAGUUGUACCCGAUUUAGAUCCACAAUGCGUGGCUCCCGCUAGAACUUUGGCCUUGCAGAAAGCGGAUGUUAUUCUGUUGCUGGGAGCACGGCUGAAUUGGAUGUUGCAUUUUGGAAGAGCCCCACGAUACAGUGCCGAUGUGAAGAUCAUACAAGUGGAUCUAUGCGCCGAAGAGAUGCAUAAUAGCAUUCCAAGUGCACUUGCUGUGCAGUCAGAUAUCAUUCCGUUUGCCGAACAGUUAAUUGACGAGCUGGCUCGCUUGCACUACUAUUUCGCUGCAAAUACUGAUUGGUGGGUUGACCUGAAGGCCAAGUGUGAUAAGAACAAAAAAAUUGUUCACCAGAUGGCGAUGAACAAGGAAAUUCCACUGAACUAUCACGCUGUCUUCCAUCACCUUCAAGAAAUGAUUCCCAAGGAUGCCAUAAUCGUUAGCGAAGGUGCAAAUACGAUGGAUAUUGGCCGCUCAUUUUUGCACAACAAAUGGCCACGACAUCGUCUAGAUGCGGGAACGUUUGGAACAAUGGGCGUGGGACCGGGAUUUGCAAUUGCCGCUGCCUUGGUGUGCCGUGAUCGUUUUCCAGGAGAAAAGGUUAUUUGCGUCGAAGGGGACUCGGCGUUUGGUUUCUCCGGUAUGGAGAUUGAGACCAUGGUGCGCUAUCAGCUUCCGAUUGUGAUUGUAAUUGUUAACAACGGAGGAAUUUACUCAGGCUUUGAUAAACAGACUUAUGAGGACAUUCGUUUAGGAGGGGAUUUAGCUCAGGUAACACCGCCGUCGGCGCUCACAGUUGAAACGCACUACGAGGCAAUGAUGAACAUGUUUGGAUCGAAAGGUUACUUUGUUCGUACUAUUCCGGAGCUCCAAGCGGCAUUGAAGGAAGCGCUAAUUUUAACUAACAGACCAACGAUCGUUAACGUGAUUAUUAGUCCGCAGGCCGACCGAAAACCACAAGACUUCCAGUGGUUGACCGAGUCCAAGCUGUGAAGGGAGAGGGUUCAGUUCCAGCCAGCACGUGAGCUAACUUUUCGUACAAGGGUGGUCAUCCUAGAAUUUAAUUCCUUUUAGUUUGGUAUUGUGGUGCAAGGACGUAAUUGUUGUAUUUUAAGCCAUUAAGUCAGUUUAAUAAACCAGUGUUAAAAAUAUUUCGUUUUGCAUAAACGAAGAAUAGUCGAA